AUGGUUGGGAGGGACAUCCAGGGGUUGUUCUGCGCAGAGAUGUCUACCACAUUCACGGACAGGAUUGAUGCAGUCAUCAACAUUGCCAGGGAGGAGCUCCCACACGCAAGGUACCAUGUCAAGAUCCUGGAGUUCAUGUUCCUGCAGAUGGAGAAGUUUGAGGGUAUGUCUGUGGUUGAAAAUGGGACGACAGUAUCGGAGAGGCUGCUGAUGUGGCAGCACUUGGAGGAGGCGUUGAAGGCCGGAAGGGCGUUGAUCAGGAAGCACGCAAGCCGCCUGGAUGUGAAGGCAUUCUUCAGGACCUCAGAGGUGCACGUCAGGGUGGAGGAGAUCUGCCGAGGGCUGCAGAUGUGUGCCAAGGAGUUUUUGCGGAAGGGCUGUCUACUGAUGGACCUUGAAGAGAUCGAGACAGUAGUUGACGGAAAGAAGCUGUCCGCAGACAGGUCGUACAUGUAUCACUACCUGUCCUAUGUCAUGGAAGGCGAGCAGCCAUCCAUAGACCUCGAGAACACAGAUCCAAAUGGCGAUGCAGAAAGGGAAUGGUUGAAGGUGAAGGCAGAGCACGAGUCACGAAUGGUACGUGGCACGCUGCCCAUCAUCUCGGAUGAGGGCGCGGACAAAGUUCAGGUCCUCAAGGAAGUUGGCAGGAGCGACUGCAGCACUGUCUAUAAGGGUAUCUGGCGGAACAUCGACGUUGCAGUGAAGAAGUUUGCAGAGGGCAAGUUCAGCCAUGAAGCGCUGGCCUCUUUCUACACUGAAAUCGAGAUCCAGAUGGCCAUGGCGUAUCCCCACAUCGUGCGAAUGUAUGCCAUCAGCACAGAGGGUCUCAUGGUGAUGGAGCUGGCGAGCUGCAACUUGCGCGAGAUGUACAUGCAGGAAACCAACAUGCCUUGGGCCAUAAAAGCCAAGAUUCUGUUGGAGGCAGCCCGGGGAUUGAAGUUUGUACAUGACCAAGGAUUCGUCCACAGGGCGGUGAAGAGCCAGAAUUUCAUGGUGUUCAAAGACAGCCCUGGAGGUUUCAGCAUCAAGAUCGCCGACCUGGGGUUGGCGACUGUCAAGACUGAAACCAGGUCCAGGACUGGCAGGCCAAUGUUGGCAACCACGGUUAUGACGGCUCCUGAAGUCUGCCAGGGGAGACUGCACAGCUUCAGGAGCGAUGUCUUCAGCCUUGGGGUGCUCAUGUUUGAGGUGCUGUCACAGUCCGCUCCUUACCAUGGGGUGUCCUCACACGACCUGCUGUUGGGCCAGAAACGCAGGGGUGCGGACCCCUGCAAGGUCCCCGACGGUUGCCCAGAGUUCUUGCUGCAGUUGAUGAGGAGGUGCAUUUCCCCAAGACCAGCGCAGAGGCCGACCAUGUUUGAGGUUCUUGAGGGGCUGAAAACAUUGCAAGCACAGUUCCAAGAGGAUGCUCUCAAGCGCCAACCGAAGACUGGCGCAGCACUGAAUUUGGCAAUGCUUAAGGACUCAGCUUUCAGCAUUGACGAUGCUGGCUUCAGCGCCUUCAGCUAUGCAAUGAACGUGCACACAUAUUCGAUUGGCAUGUCAGCCUCUCAGGACAGGAAGAUGUUGCCGCUUCAGGAAUCCACAAGCAGAGACAGUAGAGGACAAGACCCUGUAAGCAGAGAAAGCAGAGGAAGCAGAGGCAGUGUAUGGCAGGAUCCUGUGAGCAGAGAAAGCAGAGGAAGCAUCAUAUGGCAGGAUCCUGUCAGCCGAGAAAGCAGAGGAAGCGCAUGGCCGGAACCUGUAAGCAGAGAAAGCAGAGGAAGCAGGGGAAGCAGGCAUUGGGAACCCACAAGCAGAGAAAGCAGAGGAAGCAAAUGGCAGGACCCCGUGAGCAGAGAAAGCAGAGGAAGUAGAUGGCAGGAGCCUGUAAGCAGAGAAAGCAGAGCAAGCAGAGGAAGCAAGGGAGAGAAUGGCAGGGUCACAAUGCUGGCAGAAGGCUACAGAAGGGAAGCCUCGAAGAAUGGCAGACGGACACCAGAGGCGUUUGUGGGGGGAGCGCCAGCGGCGACAGAAGCUCAAGCCCACAAAUCCUCAGAGGACACUGGGUCGUUCAAGCUGUGCGGGUGUGGCUGCUUGUUUCGGCGGGCUAGAAGCAGUGAAAGCAGGACAAGGGCGGAGCACCAAGAGUAG